AACAGGAGCCAGAGCCUUCAGUUACCAAGCUCCUCUCCUGUGGAACCAGCUUCCAGUUGUGGUUCGGGAGGCAGACACCCUCACCACAUUCAAGAGUAGGCUUAAGACAUUCCUCUUUGAUAAAGCUUAUAGUUAGGGCUGGAUCAGGUGAGUCCUGAACCAUCCCUUAGUUAUGCUGCUAUAGGCCUAGACUAUCGGGGGAUUUCCCAUGGUGCACUGAGCUACUCUCUUCCUCUCUCUUUCUGCACUCAUUCAUGUCCCAUUAAUGCAUGUUACUAACUCCACUUCUUCCCCAGAGUUCUUGUGCUUUCUCGUCUCGCAGGUUCUUGUCGAUCCUGGUGGAGCCUCCUGCCAUGGUCCUGCUUGACUGCCAUUGCCAAUACUGUUGUUGCUGUGCACCUGUCUGUCUGUCUGUCUCUCGCUCUCUCUCUCUCGCUCUCUCUCUCUCUCUCUCUCUCUCUCUCUCUCUCUCUCUCUCUCUCACCCCAACUGGUCGAGACAGACGACCACCCACCUAGAGCCGAAGGAUCUGUCCUAGGUUUCUGCCUUUUAACAGGCAGUUUUUCCUUGCCCUUGUCGCCAAGUGCUUGCUCAUGGUGGUACUGUUGGGUCUCUGUAAUUAAUGUUAAAGAGUUCGGUCUAGACCUGCUCUAUUUGAAAAGUGUCCUGAGAUAACUUCUGUUAUGAAUUGGCGCUAUACAAAUAAAAUUUAAUUGAAUUGAAUUGAAUUAAACUGCAGGAGCUGUUGUUGGACAUACUGCUGCACACUUCAGAUUGUAAAAUGAGUCUAAUGGCAGCGUGCUGUAAGUGGUCGCCCUUAAUGUGCCUGGUGUUAAACUACUUCCUGAUCAAACAUUAUUAAUGACUCCUGAUUAUCCAGACUCUGGGAUUACUCCUUGUCAUUUGUGUGACCUCCUGUUGCUGAUCCACAUGAUUGAGACUGUAUGUACAGUGAGCUGCUGUCUUAUCUUUAUGUCUUUAGUGUCCUCAUCAGGCUCUCCGCUGUUGGACAGCAGGAAGGUUCCCAGCUAAUAAAAGUGUGUGUUCAGUUCAGGUCUGUGCAGCAGUUAACCAUGAGAUCAUUGAUGCUGUUGUUGUGAGGGCCUCGCCCACUGGCCUCAAACUGUGGGAAAACUAAUCCUGCCUGGGACUCGGGGGUUUGUGAUACUAAUGUGGGCCUAUAAAUAGAGGAGAGGGAUCCUCAGUCCCAGCACAGCUCGCUCUGCUCGCCCACAGAAGCUCAGCGCUCCACCAGAAUGUCUCCGACCGACGCCUCGGUGCUCUCCACCAAAGACAGACACAAACUGAGGAAACCGCUCGUGGAGAAGAUGCGCAGAGAUCGCAUCAAUAGUUGCAUUGAGCAGCUCAAGGUCCUGCUGGAGAAGGAGUUCCACAAACAGGAUCCCAACGCCAAGCUGGUGAAGGAUGACGUCCUGGAGAUGACGGUGGUGUUCCUGAGGCGGCAGCUUCCUCUCUCUGGAGGACUUAAUGCUGCCCGACCUGCGCCGCCUCCAGGACGCCGCCACCCCCGUACCCACCCUCUCCAUCCAGGCUGCGGGGAAGCAGCUGGUGGGGUCCGACAGAGGCGUGUGGAGGCUGUGGUAGAGUAGGACACUGAGGAAGGUAGAGAAGGACACUGAUGGAGGUAGAGAAGGACACUGAUGGUGGUAGAGGAGGACACUGAGGGAGGUAGAGAAGGACACUGAUGGUGGUAGAGGAGGACACUGAGGGAGGUAGAGGAGGACACUGAUGGUGGUAGAGGAGGACACUGCGGGAGGUAGAGGAGGACACUGAUGGUGGUAGAGGAGGACACUGAGGGAGGUAGAGGAGGACACUGAUGGAGGUUUGACUCCUGUGGGGUCCUUGUCUAUAUCUGAGUACUGCGCGCUGCAGUGAGGACGUUAUCUUCCAUGUGAGGAUAAAACUAGUUAGACCUUUUAUAAAGAACAUAAUAAUAUAUUUUUAAUAUUUUUUUAAUAUAAUAAAAUUAGUGUGAAGCUGAUGAUAUUUGAAUAAAUUCAUUUUUUUAUCUUAAAUCAUUUGUCCUCCACAGCAGGCGUCAGAUCCACUGGGACCAGUUCAUUAAACUAUUACUGAUAAAUAUAUCAUAUCUACGUUCUCUACUCAGCAUCUCCAACAGGAACCAAAAUUUAUGUUCUAGCAAAUUCAUUACUGCACCCUGAAAGUCCGUAUGGCCGACCAGGGACCAGGGACCAGGGACUGGGACCAGGGACCAGUGACCAGGGACCAGUGACCAGGGACCAGUGACCAGGGACCAGGGACUGGAACCAGUGACCAGUGACCAGGGACCAGGGACCAGGGACCAGGGACCAGUGACCAGUAACCAGUGACCAGGGACCAGGGACCAGGAUUUUCUGAUCAUCGCAGUUGCUUUUAAACACACACACACAGAUAUUGGGCUGCUUUAACUUUAACUGGGUUGUUUCUCACAUUCACUGUUUGUAGACUCGACUCUUGGUCGGGUUGUCUUUGUAAAUGAGAACUGGACUGUACUGGUUCAAUACCAAAAUAAUAAUAUUACUAAUAUUAUUAUUAUAAACAGACCUCAGGAAGAGAAGCUCCACCAACAUUGUGGUUGUAUUCUCUGUCUUUGUUGUUUUUAAUGUUUAUAGAAUAAAAUAAAACUCUUUGAA